AUGAGCGCCGACACCGGCCAGUGCUGGGGGCUCGCGGGAGAGAGGAAGGUGAUCGUAGUGGGAGAGACGGAGCUCCAUCUCCCGUUUGUUUACUCGCACGCGCUUCAGACGCGUCACGCGCCUCCGUUCGCACCAAGAACGAUUUUGAGUUGUUUUCCUAAAAAAACGAGUUAAAUCUUCAGUUUAGACUUUAACAAGUCGUUUUUGGAGCCCCGGCUUUCCCCGCUGUCUGCUCUGAGGUUUUACACCGGAGAGGAGUGCUUAUCUGCGGACUCACACCUGAGUAAAUUACGGAGCUUCGGCUGCGAGGCACCGAAGAGAGAGAGAGAGACAGAGCUGCUCUGCAGCAUCACCGUGCAGCAGCUGCUGCGGCUGGAGGAAUCCGUUUAGAUGCGUUCCCGCACCAGACGCUGAGGAACGGGGGUCGGAAGCAGUGGAGUAUACGUUUCUUGGAUUUUUCUUGCCCCGUCGUUAGAAACUUGCGUCCGGGAUGGGGAAGGAGCAGGAGCUGCUGGAAGCCGCCCGCACCGGGAAUGUCGCCUUGGUGGAGAAACUGUUGAGUGGAAAGAAAGGAAUCCUGGGGUCAGGCUCUGGCUCCAUCCCUCUCCCCAACCUGCUGAGCAUGUGGAAAGGCCUGAAUGUGAACUGCACUGACAGCUCAGGAUACACACCUCUACAUCACGCUGCACUCAACGGACACAGGGACGUGGUGCUGAAACUCCUUCAGUUUGAGGCGUCAACAACUGCAGCAGACAGCAAAGGCUGUUUCCCUCUACACCUGGCAGCAUGGCGCGGGGACGUGGACAUCGUCCGCAUCCUCAUCAACCACGGCCCUACAAACUGCUACGUCAACCAACAGAACCAUGAGAGGGAAACGCCGCUCCACUGUGCAGCCCAGUAUGGACACUCUGAGGUGGUUUCUGUGCUGCUUCAGGAGCUGACCGACCCGACUAUGAGAAACAACCGGCAAGAAACUCCUCUGGACCUGGCAGCGCUUUACGGACGCCUGCAGGUGGUACGCAUGUUGGUGAGUGCCCACCCAAACCUCAUGAGUAGCCACACCCGCCUUCACACGCCGCUUCACCUGGCGGCGCGUAACGGACACCACACCACCAUCCAGACCCUGCUGGAGGCCGGCAUGGAUGUCAACUGUGUGACUGAGAAUGGAAGUGCCCUCCAUGAAGCUGCCCUGUUUGGAAAGAUGGAUGUAGUUCGCCUGCUGCUUGACUCAGGGAUUGAAGCCAGUCUGAGGGACAGUCGGGGACGAACGGCGCUGGAGAUUUUGAAGGAACAUCCUGCUCCAAAGUCCCAGCAGAUCACUGCUCUUAUUCAAGAGUAUCUGAUGGAUGAGAUGGAGCAGCAGAGUAUUGUAGAAGAACCCGUCCGCAAGUGUCCUGUUCCUGCACCACGGACCUCCAUCCCCUCACCUGCUGCCUCUCCUUCACUCAGACACAAGAAUGAAGCUGUCACCAGUGAGCUGUCCAAGCUGCUCCAUGACAUCAAAAAGUGCCGCGACAGAGACUACUCCUUUGAGGAGCUCUGCCACACCAUCUCCUGUCACUCCAUGGACAGCUUCGGCAGCGGGCGGCUGUCUGACGAGGAUCGGCCCGACAGACCCAACGGCACCCUGACCAGAGGAACCAGGCGACCGACUCCACCUCUCGCUUCGGCCCUGGAGGAAGACGAGGCAGACAAGACAUGUGGUCCCACUGGAUUCUGGGAAGCCUUCACUCCCUGCAAUGGCUGCCGCAACCUUGGCUUUUCCAGCCUUUCUCAGGAGCCCAAGCGUUCAACAGAGAUCGUCACCUCUCCAUCGCUGGAUGUGUUCCUGCCGGAGGACGAGGACAACCCGUACGAGUCUGUGACCACCGCCGUCACACGCAAACCCAGCUCCCUCGACAUCAACCACAAGCUCAACGCCUGCUCUCGUAAUGGUCACUUGUCCCAUGUACUGGUGAGCGAGGAGGAGCAUGGUAACCAUGACAACUGCUCAACAGACCCCACACCAGACUGCUCACCCCCCUCCCCUGACACGGCCCUGAAGAACAUAGAGAGAGUCAUCCGCCCACAGCCGAAGCAGCGCACCUCUCUGUCUUCAUCUCUGGAUGUCCAGAGGCCAGUUAACCACAGCUGUGAGCCCAGUGAGGUGAGCUCAUCUCUGGGCUACGCCAGCUUCAGCACCAGCCCUCCUGCCAGCCCUCCUCUCAGCCCAAACCAGGAGGACUCCGCAGGCUCCAACGACGACUGCCAGUUCACAGACGACGGGUCUUACCAGAGAGAACCACCUCCUCCUGCUCCUCCUCCCUGCUCUCCCCCCAACCCUAACCCUCCGCUGGAGGAGCACAGAAAGAGCCUCAUCCCAGAGGAGUUUGCAGGACUUCUUCAUGGAUCUUCCCCCGCUUGUGACCCUCCUGACACGCCUUAUCACCUCUACAGCCCUAAACAUUUUAAAUAUACCCCCGCAGACGGGCAAAGUAGCCUUCUUCAGAACCCUGAGUUCAGCAUUGUGAUUGGUGGAGGAGCCUCUCGGGGCUUCUCCAGGACUGGAGGCCAGUCAUCUCCUCAGAGGUUCAACAGCAACUCUCCAAAGCCCCAGGUUGUGUACCGGACUGUUUUUCACACGAAGGUCAACCAAGACCAGGUCCGAACUAGGAACUGUGAGGAGGAUUCAGCUCCCGUAUGGUCCUCCCUGAGCCACCCGCCCUCUUGUCCCACAGAGCAGAACGGAGAAGUUCCUCAGUCACGGGAGAACCGGACAGGAGGCGAGUCUAAGGAGGGUUUAUCUGGAGCUAGCUACGAGGAGAGGGCUUGUACCCUAGGGAGGAUGAGGUCGGUGCCACGCAGCGUGUUGGACCUGCAGCUGUCCAAGUCAUUGUCCAAGUCCGAUUCCAACCUCGUGGCCAUUUCUCCCAUACAGGAGGAACACAGUUGGGGGUCUGGAUCCCGGGGCCAAGGUCCUGGAAGCCCCAGCCCACGCGAGGGGGCCAGCCCUGAGAGGAGGCUGGAGCGAACGCCGUCCUUUACUGCGGAGUGGGAAGAGAUCGACAAGAUUAUGAGCUCGAUUGGGGCGGGAAUCGGCAGCGGUCUGGACAUCAAGGACAGCUCAGGUCCCCGCUGCCCACUGCAGUCUGUCGGCCAGUGGCUCGACUCCAUUGGACUGGUCCAGUAUGAGAACCACCUGCUCGCCAAUGGAUUUGACAACGUCCAGUUCAUGGGCAGUAACGUGGUGGAGGACCAGGAUCUGCUGGAAAUCGGAAUCCUAAACUCGGCUCACAGACAACGUCUGCUGCAAGCCAUCCGGCUGCUGCCCAGGGUCCGUCCUGUGGGCUACGAUGGCAACAACCCCACGUCGGUGGCAGAGUGGCUGGAGUCUUUGGAGCUCGGCGACUAUACAAAGUCUUUCCUCAUCAAUGGUUACACCUCCAUGGAGCUGGUUAAGAAGAUCUGGGAGAUUGAGCUGAUCAACGUGUUAAAGAUCAACCUUAUUGGCCACAGAAAACGGAUCCUGGCCUCGCUGGGAGACCGGCUACACGACGACACUCCCCAGAAACCUCCUCGAGCCAUUUCCCUAAGGGAGCCCGCGGGAAACCACACCCCUCCCCAGCUCAGCCCUUCGGUCGGCCAGCAAGCGUAUACAGCGGGGGUCCCUGGCGGAUCUCUGGACGUGCAGCACCUCAUCAUGCAGGCGGACGCCCGGCGCAGGCAGCGCAGCACCGAGAACUACUUCGAGGAUGUACCGCGAUCUAAGCUGGAGCGACAGAUGGCUCAAGUCAGCGUGGCAGGUGAGUGGUGUGAGCCAAUCACGUUGCGUCCACCCAACGAGGCGACCUCGUCCACUCCUGUGCAGUAUUGGCAGCAUCACCCGGAGAAGCUCAUCUUUCAGUCCUGUGACUACGAAGCUUAUUACCUGGGCUCCAUGCUGGUGAAAGAGCUGAGAGGAAUAGAGUCCACGCAAGACGCCUGUGCCAAGAUGAGGAAGUCGACAGAACAGAUGAAGAAGGUACCGACCAUCGUGCUCUCGGUGUCCUACAAAGGAGUGAAGUUCAUCGAUGCCACCAAUAAGAACAUCAUAGCAGAGCACGAGAUCCGUAACAUCUCAUGUGCUGCUCAGGAUCCAGAGGAUCUGUCUACAUUUGCCUACAUCACCAAAGACCUCAAAUCCAGUCACCACUACUGCCACGUCUUCACUGCUUUUGACGUGAAUCUGGCCUAUGAGAUCAUCCUGACACUUGGCCAGGCCUUCGAGGUGGCCUACCAGCUGGCCCUGCAGGCCAGGAAGAGCGGCCACGGAUCAUCAACGCUUCCAGAAAGCUUUGACAGCAAGCCUGGCAAACCCAUCCCCAAACCCCGCAUCAACAUCCGCAAAUCAGUCAUCAAAUCUCCCACCAGCCGCUGGUCAUUGGGUCACAUUUACACCCCUCACCGGCCUCCUCUCUACCCUCCUCUUCCACCCCCUCGACUCUUCCAUCUUCCUUACAAAGCUCAGUUACAGAUGGAGCAGCCGUCCAUGGACCAGAAGGGCCAUGCCAAUGUGCCAUGGAUUGUGGAGCCUGGUCAGGAGGCGAAGAGAGGAGUCAACACCAAGGCAAUGGCGGACGCUCAUGUCUAUUACUGUGGAAUGCAAAGAAUGUAGCCAGCCCUAAACAUGGACCUUGUCACACAUACAAUGCAAAAUGGACUACAAAGGACUCUCUUGCUUACUUUUCAAAAGGACAACAUACAUGGAUGCUACUCCACUUUCUUUAAGGUUGAAAACGUAAAAUUGGAUGGGUAAAGUCAGAGACACACACACAACCGGACUGCACCCUGACACAUGAUGUCUGCUCUGAAUGUACACUUAUUUUAAAGCAGCCUCGACUUCUACCGUUACAGCAGGAUCCGUUUUAUGCACUCCACCUGGAAAGCAUGAUUGUUGAACUUGUGUGCGGUCAACAUCUUCACUGAAACUGAGUACAGUAACAGGGCAUUUGUUGGUAAGAGACGAUGGGCAUGUUUAUUUAUUGGCAUGGGUUUAAGGAUAUAUGGCUGGUUCUUUUUUACAUUUUCUUUAAUGUCAGAAAAUAAAUAUGCACAAGCGUGUAAAUGUGACUGAACUUGCUGCAACACGCGUCUUAACAAAUAAUGACCCUGCGUGAACAAAAAGGCAUCUAGUGUUUAAAAAAAUAAGAGGUAUUCUAUUCGUAUUGCCCGACAUUUUAAUGUUUAAUAUGAGAGUAUUCUAUUACCAUGAUGAUGAUAAUCCUUGUGCAAUUCUUGUCUAAUGUUGUCUUAAUGUUACAUUAUUUUUCUAUGACAUGCCGAGACGAAAACCUUGAGCCUGAGAAAUGAUGGCAAUCCUUUAAAAAAAAUCUGGAACUAGGUGUUCAUACUUGUACAGAGAGUGAAUGUUGUAGGUUGCUUGCUAACUCCUAGGUCAGGUCAACCUCCACUUCUCAUGGAGCUCUACUAUUAUCUUGCAGAUGUACUAUUUUAAAAGCAGUAUUACUGUAUUAUUUGGAUGAGACAUUAUCCAGUUAUAAAAUGUACAUAGAUAUUUUGCCAACUCAUUGUUAAUACAUGUAAAAAGAGAAGAUUUGCAGUAAAUGGCACUGGAAACAAGGUACCAAAAUAAAGGCUGGAUAUUUCGAAAAGUGGUAGUUUGUAGAGGUUGUAUCUUGAGUGAAAACAUGGAUUGUUUGGUAACAUCACUGCUGAUUUAUUAAUAUAUAUAAAUAUAUAUAUAGGCUUGGGCUUCCAGCACACUAAUUUUUGUAAUUUUGGCCAUUAUUUAUAUCCUUGUAAAGCACAUGAAAUAAAAUCUGACUUGUAAAACCA